AUGGCGAUGCAAACAAAAGCAAAAGCAGUGAUAGAUAAUUUUGUUAAGAAACAAGAAGAAAAUGAUUAUUCAGAACACAAAGUUGACUUACCUCCGAUUGAGAAAAACUUUUAAGAGUCAACAACAACAAGCUUGAUGACACAGGUGGAGGUAGACAAUUGGAGAAAGGAAAAUUUUAAUAUGUGUGAUGACUUGAAAGAAGGUGAAAAACGUCCAAUCCUUAAUCCUACCUGCACAUUUGCCGAUGCCUUUCAAUGUUAGCCUGAAAUUUUAGAAACCAUUAAAAAGGCAGGUUUUCAAAAGCCAACACCUAUUCAGUCACAAUCGUGGCCAAUAGUUCUACAAGGAAUAGACCUUAUAGGAAAAGCACAAACAGUAACGGGAAAGACAUUGUCCUAUUUAAUGCCUGGAUUUAUUCAUCUAGACGGUCAACCAAAAGGUAGAGGAAAAAGGGGCAGACCCGGUAUGUUAGUUCUCACGCCCACAAGUGAAUUAGCUAUUCCAGUGGAAUCUGAAUGUUCUAAAUAUUCAUAUAAAGGACUUAAGAGUGUUUGUGUAUACGGUGGUGGAGAUAGAGACCGACAAAUAGAAGAUCUUAGAAAAGGUGUAGAUAUCGUCAUUGCAACACCUGGAAGGUUGAAUGAUCUGCAAGUGAAUAACUUUGCCAACUUGAAAAGCGUAACCUACUUGGUUUUAGAUGAAGCAGACAAGAUGCUUGAUAUGGGAUUUGAACCCCAGAUUAUGAAGAUUUUGUUAGAUGUGCGCCCAGAUAGGCAGACUAUUAUGACAAGUGCAACUUGGCCAGGUGCUGUUAGGCCACUUACACAGUCUUACUUGAAAACGCCAGUGAUUGUCUAGUUGGAUCUUGUAGCUGUGAGCACAGUAGAACAAAGUGUGAUUGUGACAACAGAAGAGGAAAAACGAAGUCAUAUCCAAACUUUUCUAGAGCAUUUAUCGGCUAAUGACAAAGUCAUUGUCUUUGUUUGCCGAAAGGCCAUUGUGGAUCAUUUAUCAAGUGACCUGAUUCUCCGACAUAUAUCAGUGGAAUCAUUACAUGGCAACAGAGAACAGAGGGAAAGAGAGAAAGCACUACAAGAUUUUAAAACAGGAAAAGUAAGAAUAUUAAUUGCCGCAGACUUAGCAUCCCGAGGUCUGGACGUUCACAAUAUUACUCACGUAUACAACUAUGACUUUCCAAGGAACAUUGAAGAGUAUGUUCACAGAAUAGGGCAGACUGGAAGAGCAGGGAGAACAGGUGUUGCAAUAACUCUUAUCACAAGAAAUGACUGGAGAAUUGCAACAGAAUUGAUUAAUGUACUGGAAAGAGCAAAUCAGAGCAUCCCGGAGGAGCUUAAGGGAAUAUCAGAAAGAUUCAAAGCACAUCAGUUGAAAAAACAAAUGGAAAGAAAAAUGGGAAGACCGCAAAGCCCAAGAAGUUUUAUUAAUUUCUCAUUGAAAAGUGAUGGAGAAUUCAAGAUAUUUUAG